AUGCGCUGGGUGAGACUGACCCGAUUGAAAACCAUGGCGUGGGUACCUGCAGAGUCUGCAGUGGAAGAGUUGAUGCCCCGGCUCUUGCCAGUGGAGCCCUGCGACUUGACAGAAAGUUUCGAUCCCAGCGUACCUCCGAGAACUCCCCAGGAAUACCUGAGGCGGGUCCAGAUCGAAGCAGCUCAAUGUCCAGAUGUUGUGGUAGCUCAAAUUGACCCAAAGAAGUUGAAAAGGAAGCAAAGUGUGAAUGUUUCUCUUUCAGGUUGCCAACCUGCCCCUGAGGGAUAUUCCCCCACUCUUCAGUGGCAGCAGCAACAAGUGGCACAUUUUUCAGCUAUCCGGCAGAGUGUGAACAGACAUAGAAGUCACUGGAAAUCACAACAAUUGGAUAGUAAUGUGACCAUGCCAAAAUCUGAAGAUGAAGAAGGCUGGAAAAAAUUUUGUCUUGGUGAAAGGUUAUAUGCUGAGGGGGCUGUUGGACCAGCUACAAGUGAAAGUCCUGGAAUCGAUUAUGUGCAAAUUGGUUUUCCUCCCUUGCUUAGUAUUGUUAGCAGAAUGAAUCAGGCAACAGUAACUAGUGUCUUGGAAUAUCUGGGUAACUGGUUUGGAGAAAGAGACUUUACUCCAGAAUUGGGAAGAUGGCUUUAUGCUUUGUUGGCUUGUCUUGAAAAACCUUUGUUACCUGAGGCUCAUUCACUGAUUCGGCAGCUUGCAAGACGGUGCUCUGAAGUGAGGCUUUUAGUGGACAGCAAAGAUGAUGAGAGGGUUCCUGCUUUGAAUUUAUUAAUCUGCUUGGUUAGCAGGUAUUUUGACCAACGUGACUUAGCUGAUGAGCCAUCUUGAUACAGCUGAUCUCUCAGAGAUAGAGGAUAUUUGUAAUGAAGACAGCCUAAGCCUGAGGAAGUGCAGUGCCAAUUCAAGUACAGAUUGCAUGACAUCUUCAGCACUACGUGAAGAGUCUCCAUCUUAACCUGUGCAACUCAAGUUGAUAUUCAGAUAGUGUUGGUAUGAGUAUCUGAGGUAUCUUUGAAAGAUCUUACCCAGUUUUUGAUGAACAGUUUAAACAGUUUUCUGUAAUCAACAUGCUUUUAAAGUAAAUUGAAUGAUUUAUUGAUGAAGCAUCUUGCACAGAAACUGUAUGAUGAAAUUGUACAAGUCUUUGGUGCUGUUUCAUUGUUUAUUUACACAUACACAUAUAAAAUUUUGUUGAAAAUGUGUUUCGGUUACUAAAUUUUGUUUGACUGUUUAACAAAGCAAAAGACAAUGGAUAAGUGUCCUUAGAAUUAAGAUUUUCUAGAUUAUAUGGCACAUGUAUUCAUAGUCAGCAACAAAAUUAGUCUAGUGUUUUCCCUUUAGGCUCAGUACUUUUAUUUUUAAAUGCUUUCCUGCAUAAACAAAACUUUUUCUUUACAAGUCAUUUUCAGUAAUACCCUAAGAAGUCUACUGUUUUAAUUUUCCUGUUACAUCUUUUAUUCAUAUCACUUAUAAUUUAUCUAUUUCUAUAUCGGGUAGAAAUGUUUCUUACUUUAAGUAACAGAAGAUCCAAAUAGCAAUGACUUUUCUCUUUUUUUUUAAAUUUAUUUAUUUUAUUUUUGGUCGUGUUGGGUCUUCAUUGCUGUGCGUGGGGUUUCUCUAGCUGUGGCCAGCAGGGGCUACUCUUUGUCACGGUCCACAGGCUUCUCAUUGUGGUGGCUUCUCUUGUUGCGGAGCUCGGGCUCUAGGUGUGUGGACUUCAGCAGUUGUGGCACUAGGGCUCAGUAGUUGUGGCACUAGGGCUCAGUAGUUGUGGCUCUAGGGCUCUAGAACACAGGAUCAGUAGUUGUGGCACACAGGCUUAGUUGCUCCGAGGCAUGUGGAAUCUUUCCGGACCAGGACUCAAACCCGUGUCCCAUGCAUUGGCAGGUGGGUUCUUAACCACUAGGCCACCAGGGAAUGCCAGUAAUGAUUUUCGAAAUAGGGAUUUAUUUUUCUCUCAUAACAAAAAGUCUAGAGGAGCUAGCAUUGGUUCAGUGACUCCACAAUACCAAGGUCUCUGAGAGUCUUUUAGCUUUUCCUUUAUGGUAAGGUGGCCACUGCAAUGUGCAGCAACGUGUCUGUUUUAAAGACAGAAAAGGGGGUAAGGAGACAGAGCCUUCCACAUCUGAUCCUUUUCUCAUAAAAGCAAAACCUCCAGAAAUCCACAGCAGAUUUGUGUUCAUCUGUUAGCCAUGAGUAUGUAAAAUUAUUACCUCUAUCUCCAAGAACAGUGGGGAAAUGAAAUUGUAAGCUUUUCCAGUCUUUCUAAUGAGAGGUGGAAAAGGAAGAGGGGGUUGGAAAUAACUGUUGGUCACGCAACCAAUAGUUUUCCCACUAGUUAUAAAUGAAGCAGAUGUAAUUUUAUAUUUGAAUCUUUUCUACUGCUUUGUCUUCAAAAAGCUGAUUUUUAAAUGGUAGCUUAGGGACUUCCCUGGUGGCACAGUGGUUAAGACUCUGAGUUCCCGAUGCAGGGGGCCUGAGUUUGAGUCCUGGUCAGGGAACUAGAUCCCACAUUUAUGUCUAAAGAGUUUGCAUGCCACGACUAAGGAGCCAGUGAGCCGCAACUAAGGAGCACGCCUGCAGCAACUAAGACCUGGCACAACCAAAUAAAUAAAUAAAAUAUUAAAUAAGUAAAUAGAUGGUGACCCAGUAGUCAUUUUACCAUAAUUUAAACAUUCUCUCAUUGUUGGAUAUCUAAUCUGUUUUCAGUAUUAAUCCAAUAUAGAAAAUGCUACCGUGAAUACCUUUACAUACAUAACUCUUUCCUUUCUUUGACCUGAAGUUCACAAGAGUAGGAUUGCAAGUUAUGAAUCUAUCAGUUAAUAUUGUAUUUGAAACUUGACUUAACUAAGGUUUUAAAAGUUAGGAAUUUAUUUUUCUUUGUCAUAAACUGAUUCUGGUUUGAGAAGUUCAGGGCUAGUGCAGCAGCUGUACAAUAUCUUAAAUAUCCUAGGCUGCAACCAGAUUUCUCUUUCAUCAAUGUCAGUGUAUAGCUUUCAUCUUUUUAGUCAUGAUAUGGUUGCUUUAUCUCUUAUUUCGAACCAACAUUACAGGGGAGAUAAAAAGGUACCACUGCUUCUUGUUGUCAUAUCAAGGGAGAAAAGUAUUACAGGAAACCCUCAAUUUACGUAUCAUUUGCCAGAGUUAUAACAUUUUCUAUUUAUAAAGAAAGCUGGAAAAUGUAAUUUUUUAGGUGAGCACAUUGCCACUCCUACCAAAAAUGGUUCUGUUGGAAAACCGGGGAGAGGGGUUAUUGGGUAGGCAGCCAGCAGUGUCUAGCAUAAAGAGUUGAGAUUUCUAACUAAUCCCACAAGUGACCUUGUUAUAGCCUCACAUUCUUUGCUGAUUUGAUCUUUAGGGGAUGGGGCUAGGGACUGAUGUAAUAAAGGUAAAGUGUCAAUUAUUGUUUUAACUUAUAUAUAACUCUUCCAUAGCUAUUGGUAGUAUGGUCACCAUGCACACAGAAGAAUUCACAUUCCUGAGGACUAGAAACGUUAAAAAAGAAGGCAGUUUUGCAUGUACAGAACACAAGUGGUAUAAGAAAUUAUUUUAAUGCAGUUAUAUCUCUGGCGAGCUGUAGGAUCCCUAAUAUUUAACUGAGAACUUAUUUUUAUAAUACCUUGGCAUAAGGAUAUGUUUCAGGAAUGUAGAAACAAAUAAAAGAUAUUUUAAACCACUUAUGUAAUUGUAAAUAUGCAGACUACCAGUAUAUCAAUAGCUUUAGGGUUUAUCAAGCCUUUCACAAUUAGAAGUAUCUUCUGAUUUUAAUGAGAAAUUGAAAAGGAAAAUCUUUCCAACUCUUAUCACAAGUAGAAAGCUUUAAGUUCAUUGAGAAAUUACACAUUUUAAAUAUAGAAUUUAGAGGUAGUUAUUUUGAAAAUAACAGCUACCAAAUGGUAGUUUAAUCACGUCUGUGGGAGCAUGGACCAAGUAAAUUAGAUUGCACCUGUAUGUGUUUUCACAUAAAAGAUUCAUUACUUCUUUUGGUUAGACAUGCAUUUAUUAAA